UAUGUUAUGAUAACAAAUGACUACAUACCGAUUUGGCAAUGGCAGUAGUAAUAGAUUUGACAGUUAGUAUGCCAUAAAUUUUUGCCUGUCGAGAUGCCCUGUAACGACUAUCCAAAAAAGUUUCUAAGUACCAGUUAAGACACUAAAGUGCUGAACACAUUGAGCGCGACAGACUGCAAACGACAUAUGUCAAAUAUUAAAAUACACACGUUCUAAAGAACAAGUUAUUUACACAGCACGACUACACGACUGCAGGCUAGAGAUGAGCGAUAUUGCAAUUUUUAAAUCACUGUGAUUUCAGUGAUUGCUAUUUUUAAAUCACUGUGAUUUUAUAUUGCGAUUAGCGGCCUUUACACGGUCAGAUUUGUGUGACAACAUGGCUUGAUGUACAUGUUUGACGUUUUCGUUUACACGGUCAUGCAUGUGUGUGAACUUCAUUUUCGUUCAGCUGUUAACGAGUAAACAUGGCACGCGCAUUAGUGGCAGCUCUUCUGAUUGAAGAAAUUUUAGAAAUGGAGGAAGAGGAAGAAAUUGCAAAAAGUGGCAAGGAAAAACGAAUUUGGGUGCAAGAUUGGCGUAAGAAAAGACCAAAACGCUCGCAUACAAAUUUGUUAAAAGAGCUGGAAAUAUCUUGCCCAAAGGAUUACAAAAACUUUUUAAGGAUGGAUGUUGCAGUUUACAACGACCUAUUGGCGCUGAUAACGCCAUUAAUCGAAAAGCAAGAUACUAUUAUGAGAGAUGCAAUUUCACCAAAUGAACGUCUUUCCGUAACGCUGAGAUUUUUGGCCACUGGAGAGUCCUACGAAAGUUUAAAAUUUCCGUCACGCAUUGCUACCCCAACUUUGAGCAAAAUAAUAAUAGAAACAUGUGAAUCAAUAGUAAAAGUGCUCAAGGAUUUUAUUUCAAUGCCCAAAAAUGAAGAAUGGAAAAUUAUUGCUACGGAGUUUUUUGAAAUGUGGAAUUUUCCGAAUUGUCUUGGUGCCAUUGAUGGCAAACACAUCAACAUUAAAAGACCACCGCAUUCAGGAGCUUACUAUUUCAACUACAAGAAAACAUAUAGCAUUGUACUGAUGGCACUUGUCAAUGCAAAAUAUCAAUUCACAAUGGUCGAAGUUGGAGCUAAUGGAAGAGUGUCUGAUGGUGGGGUUUAUGGAAGCUCAAAUUUUGCAGUUAUGCAUGAAGAGAGAAAGUUAAAAAUUCCUCCCCCAGUUAAACCACCUGGUUUUGACAAAGAGCUGCCGUUUGUUAUUGUAGCAGAUGACGCUUUCGCCCUGCAUGAAAAUUUUAUGAAGCCAUAUAGCCACAGAGGAUUGACAUCCCAGCAGCUACAGUACAACUACCGAGUAUCACAAGCAAGACGGGUUGUGGAAAAUACGUUUGGAAUUAUAUCUUCAAGAUUUCGUGUUUUGCUGACCACCAUAAAUUUAUCCCCAGAAAAGUGCUCAAAAAUUGUACUUGCGAUAUGUUAUUUGCAUAAUUUUUUAAGUAAACGAAGUAGCGCUUCAUAUCUUCGCCGAAUAGAAGAGAAUGAUAAGCAAUUUAUUGAAAUGGCAGAAUUGCAAAACACCACAAGCCGAAACUAUUCCAACAACGCCAAAGAAAUUCGAAACAUAUUUUGCGAAUAUUUCAAUAGUUACGGUUCAUUGGAAAAUUAACUUUAUAAAAAAAAAAUGUAUACAAAAUAGUCAUUAAAAAUAAAUACAUAUUUUGUAAAUUAAAAA